AUGUUUGUUUUAUAUAAUCAUUCCUUUCUUGGGUCUUUGCAUUAUUGGCUGGGAAUGACAGGCAUAUCUUCUAUACAGCAACUUCUCAAUUCACAUCCAGAAAAACUUGAAGCUAACAGAAUCUUUUUAUGCUGAAUAGUGUAUUCCAUUAUUCCCAUCUGGGACAAUCAAAAUUUUCUUAUCAGAAGCACCAUGGAAUGCCUUACUAAAACAUUGAGAAUUGAAAGGAGCUUUCAAUAA